CCAUCGCUCCCUUGUAAGGAAAUCCUCCCCAUAAGUGUCUUCUGGAUCUUCCGGCAUUUCUAGGAGUGUCUCAGCGGUAAGGUGUCCUAGUGAUCCCGCCCUGCCAUGGAAGUUUUUGAUGAAGAAUUGUUAGGCUCCGACGUUGACAGGUUUCUUAUGGAGUCCCCACACAGCUCACAGACCUCAAGUCACAUCACCCUGGCUGCAGACAUGGAUCACAUGGAAGUAAAACCAGAGAAUUUUAUAACUCACGAUGAGAGAUGUGCAGUUGUGAGCUACGAUUUCUUCCACCGUCUUUUGGGUGACAGUGACUAUUACAAACACAGGACCAACCUGGCGACUUUCAUCUUAGCCAAAGAUGUACCUGGGGAGACGGGAAAUGAGGAUAUCUAUGAGGUGGUGGCUCUAGGGACAGGAGUGACCAGCUACCAGGGUUGGCAGGAGUACCAGGGUCUCCUGGUUCAUGAUAGCCAUGCAUUGGUUGCAGCAAGAAGGGCCCUGUUAAGGUACCUAUACAAGGAAAUCAGCCUGUACUACAGUAAGCUGGAUGAGGAACGUGAGAAGUGCAUAUUCUGUCCCUCUCAGCAUAGCCAAUUGCUUGUGCUCAAACCCAACAUCUUCCUGCACGUCUAUCUAAGCUGCAUGCCAGAUGUAGCCACUCCAUCAUGCAUUGCAUGGAUACCACAAUCUUCUGUUCCUCUGAGCAUCCACGCUAAGGGCUGUUUGCAGUUAUUGUCUAACUGUCCCCCCAGUGUAUCGGCCGCCCGUGUGUGUACUAUGUCCGCUACCGACAAGCUUCUUAAAUGGACUGUUCUUGGUGUCCAGGGAGCGCUGCUAAGCCAGUUCAUGCAGCCUCUGUAUAUAACGAGCAUUGUAGUAGGGGCCUCUAUGCAACAAAAAGAUUUGCUCUCUAAUGCUCUUGUUGAACGGUUGCCGCCAUCUCCAAGCGUGUCUCUGUUCCAGCCCUAUGAGGUGCAUACUCCCCACUUGUUUCUUGGGCCAGAACAUAACAGCCAUCACCCUCCCCCUGUUCACCCCACACACAGCCUGAAUUGGUGCAAAGGUGAUAAGAAAGUGGAGGUCUUAGAUGGCAGCAGUGGAAAACCUGUGGAGAGUGCUCUCUCUGAUGCCCAUUGUGCUGGCAGCCAGAUUUGUAAAGCAGCCAUGUUAAUAUAUUACAUUGGUGUUCGGUGUUUACUGGGAAAGGAGGACAUUCAAGACUCCUACUACCAUUCUAAGGCUUCAUCAGACCAGUACCAGCGUGUCAAGAGCCUGCUGUACUCCCAUAUGAACACUCAUGGUUAUGGAAUGUGGCCCAGCAAGCUGUGUGUGGACAGGUUCACAGCCACCAAUUGUCAAGGCCCAGAUGGAGAGCCCUGUGUUGAUUUCCAGUGUGACCUUCGUUAGACAUCUAUAAAUGUUUCCAUCUCAUGUUUUGGUUAUGAUUAUGGUUUCCUUUUAAGUUGUGUGCCAAAUCACAAAGAAUAGUAGUUUGGCAACAUUUGCUUUGUAAGUAAAAGCUAUCACCUUUUUGCAACUUUUUUUUGCUUUACAAAUAAAGAAGGAAAAGUUCUGUUUCCCACAAGCUUUGUUUGGACAGAUCUUCCUUCUAAUUCCAGUAUGACCUUUCUAAAUUUCAAUAAAGAUUUUCAUCUCAUGUUUUUGACUAUGGUUAUGGUUUCUUUUUUAUAGCUGUGUGCCAAAUCGCAAAGAACAGAUGUUUUGUAAGUAAAGGAUGUGUCACCUUUUGCAGUAUUUUUUUACUUUAAAAAUAAAGAGAGAAGUUUUCUUUC